UCCCAUCCCCAUCCCUCCCUUCCCGGCCUAGACGAUGCAGUGGUGGAGACGGCCGGGAGGCCACGGAGCCGGCCGAGGCGGACAUCACGGAGCUGUGCCAGGACAUGUUCUCCAAAAUGGCCACGUACCUGACAGGCGAGCUGACAGCUACCAGUGAAGAUUAUAAACUUCUGGAAAAUAUGAACAAACUGACCAGCUUGAAGUACCUAGAAAUGAAAGAUAUUGCGGUAAACAUAAGUAGAAACCUAAAGGACUUAAACCAGAAGUAUGCAGCACUUCAUCCUUAUCUGGAUCAGAUCACUUUAAUCGAGGAGCAAGUAGCUGCUCUUGAGCAGGCUGCCUACAAGUUGGAUGCAUAUUCAAAGAAACUAGAAGCAAAGUACAAGAAGUUAGAGAGGUGA